CUUAACUUAUUCCAGUUUUUAAAAUAUAAAUACUGAUUAUGAAAAAUUUGUAUACUAUUUUAAUACUAUUUAUUAUCAUAUUGUUCACUGAAACAAAAUUCAAUUCAAAAUUCAAUACUAAUAUUUUUAAUAGUCUCAUUAAAAAUGAUGGAUGGAGAGAUUUAAAAGAUGUGACUUGUGUUCAAUACUUGCAUAAUUCUUAUUAUUUAGAUCAAUUUCUUGUAAAAGCAUAUCCAAUUAAUUGCAACAAACAAAUUCGUUUAUUAACUAUUUUUUUAGCAUGUUCAUACCUUAGUGAUUUAAAAACACUAUUUUUCAUAUUCGUGAAAUUUGGAGAACACUGCAAGAGUUUGAUUAAAAAAAGAAGUCCAAUAUCAGCUGGAUAUAUUUGCGCUAUAGAAUUAUUAAAAAUUAUACAAAAAGUGCCAUCAUUAGCAACAUUAAUGAAAGAAACACUUUAUGUAUUAGACUAUCUGCAUACUGAAUCAUGGAAAGUUGAGAAAAACAAUACAUUUGUUUUAGAAAUAUUAUUAUUAAAUUUAGAAAACUUUAUCAAAGAAUUACAAAACAAUCUUUUUAUGAAAAAUGAAUCAUCAAUCUGUAAAAAGUUUUUAAGAUAUAUUAUAUAUUUUUUUAAUAAUAGAGAUACUGACACAGAAUGGGAAUGUAAUAAGUAUUGCACAUUUGUAUCAUGCGGUAACGAAAGGCUAUGGCAUGAAUGGAAUGAAGAAUACAAACACAAAAUUAAUAAUGACAAAACUAUGCCGUUCUAUGAUUAUCUCAGUCAAAAAGUCAAUUUACUAAUUAAUUCCAUAAUUAUAAAAAAAUUUCAUAAACUAGGGUUUCAGUAUGAUCGAAAUUUCCUACAAAUUGGAAUACCCAUACCAAAAGAGUCUACUGUUUAUGAUUUUGAAUUGUUCACAAGACCUAAUAUAACUUUUGAAACAAGUCUAAGUGGAUCACAAAGAAAAGGAAUUAAAAAUCAAUUUGAAAAUCGAUGGAUAUUAGAAUUUAUUGAUUCAUUUAAUAAAGAAUUUAAUAAUGUAUCUCAAACCAAUAAAGAAAUACAAUUAAUCGAUUUUCUGGGAAAAGAUUUGGUUAAUGUACCUGAAGCCAAUAAUGAAAUGCAAUUAAUAGAUUUUCUGGGAAAAGAUUUGGUUAAUGUACCUGAAGCCAAUAAUGAAAUGCAAUUAAUAGAUUUUCUGGGAAAAGAUUUGGUUAAUGUACCUGAAGCCAAUAAAGAAAUUCAAUUAAUCGAUUUUCUGGGAAAAGUCAAUAAAGAAAUUCAAUUAAUCGAUUUUCUGGGAAAAGGAUUAAAUUCUGAUAAUUCAUAUGAAGAUUUAUUGGAGCCGAUGGAAACGGACGAAAAUAGAAAAAAUUUUACCAAGUACCUUUAAUCAGUAAUAUUAUGUGUAAUUGCCAUUCUUAUCAAAUUGUGAUUAUAUAAUUAUAUUCAAAUAAAUAUAAAAAUAAAAUAGUUUGUUUAAGUUUUGA